AUGGGCUGCUGCCAGGACAAGGACUUUAACAUCGGUGGGCAGGCCCAGGAGGCCGAAUCGGAGGACGUCGGGGAAGACACCGAAGGGGCCGAUGUGACCUCGCAGGACCAACGCAAUCGCAAGUCUAACGAAAGCCUUUUGAUCACCGUGCUGUGGCGACGGCUAUCCCUAUUCAGCCGUCGAGGCUCGCGGUCAAAGAGGCAAUCAGGCCAGAGUCAAAGGCUUGGGAGCAGCCCGGGGGGAAUCCUGGAGGAGCCGGAGAAGGGGUGA